GAGUGGGUCUGGUCUUACUGUAGGGACACACUCAUGGGUGUAGAUAUGAUGCAUGUUGCUUUUCUCCUCCUGAUCGUCUUCACAGAUGGGGCAUCCUCUAAGACAGUGUGCAGUUACCAGGAUGUUCUGGACCACCUGAACCUGACCACAGAUAACAGUGUGUUUAAACUGACCCGGCCCGUUCUGGACUACACACACCCCACCAUGGUAGAGCUGGACAUCAUCCUCUAUGCCAUCCUGGCUGUGAUUGAGAAAACACAAACUUUCAUUCCUUUCAUCUGGGCAACAAUGAUAUGGAACAAUGAACGCAUUUCAUGGGACCCCGCUCAAUUUUGUGGAAUCACUCAGAUUUCAGUUCCUAGAGACAUGCUCUGGAAACCAGACCUCUUCAUCUAUGAGAUGAUACAGAAGGAUGACUCUCCUCUGAAUCCCUACAUGUACGUGUCCCAUGAUGGGAUGGUCAUUUCUGAAGAGGACAUGAAAGUGGUCAGCACCUGUAAGAUGGACGUCCACAAGUUCCCCUUCGACACACAGAGAUGCAACAUCACUAUUGGAUCUGCAAUACACUAUGCUGAUGAAAUGCGGGUCCUUCCUUUCUCCAACUCAUCUCGAGCCACGCAGUUUUCCCGAGAGGUGAUGAAGACGCAGGGAGAGUGGGAGUUCCUCCAACUAUCCAUCGCCAGCUACAAUUUCACCUUCAACAAUAGACAGUGGGAACAGCUCAUAUACACUUUCACCAUGAGGAGGAGGCCCCUCCUCCAUGUCAUCAACUUCCUGUUGCCCAUCCUGUUCUUCCUGAGUCUGGACCUGGCCUCCUUCUUCAUCGCAGACCAUCGAGGAGAGAAGUUGGGCUUCAAAGUCACCGUUCUGCUGGCCAUCUCUGUACUGCUGCUCAUCCUGAAUGACAUCCUGCCCUCCAUGUCCAACAAGACUCCACUCAUAGCAACCUACUGCAUUGUGAUUUUUGCUCUGAUGCUGCUCAGUCUGCUGGAGACCAUCUUGGUUACGUAUCUUAUGGAGAAAGACUCUGCAUCCCUGGAGAAGCUUAGGCUAAGGGGCGACUGGGAGGACAGACAGGAAAAAGUCAAAAUCGACAACUAUAACACAGAGGAGAAAAGACAGACCUGCUGUUCAUGCAUCUGUAAAGUGUCUGACGGUGAGAAACAGCAUGAAAUGCUGCCUGUGGCUGAAGAGGUUAACAACAGCAUUCAGUCAGGAGAGUCUCAUGUGUUACUGUUGAUCCUGGCGGAGCUGAAGGAGCUGCAGAAAACUUUGAAUCUGCACCUCGGCUGCAGAGAGGAGAGAGGGCAGUCUGGCCACUGGGCCGCAAGAAUCAACAGAGUUUUCUUCAUUUUCUAUGUCACCACUGUGUCACUGUUUCUGUCCCUCAUCUUCACGGAAUGGAACACUUAGAAAUGUAAAAUAAUACCUUGUAAUAUCUCGGUUUCUGUAUUCUACCUUUAUGUCAAAUCUACAGGUGUCGGGUUGUGCUUAUAAAAGCACACUCUGUAUUUGCAGUAUCUUGUUGUGAAUCUAUUUUAUGUGCUUUAGGUGAGAUAACUCUUCCAUAGUUAAAAAGUGAAGUUACAUGAUCCUGUAGACGCGUGGUGCUGGGAUCAUACUGUCGAUGAAAGCUUUAUUCAUUUUUGCAACGAAGAAAACUUCACUACAGAGGCCAAUUCAGUGCAUUGCGUUUGAAUAUGAUUGUGUAGAAAUGUGUAAUGAAUACACCAGGAUAAAGUAAAAACUAAAUGUUGAAUUUCAAAAAGAGAAAAGAAAAACACUGGCUGUUUUAAACCUACUGGAAUCUUUGACAACAAAUGUCAAUUCAUGAUGAAUUUGUAGACUAAAAUAAAUUAAUAAAAGGACCUCAAAAUGUUUUUAAAUGAAUAAACACACUUACCAUCUACUGGAGAGUAUAUAAAAAGUCUUCCUUGUAGGUUAAGCCACAGAUAUAUUAAUAGUUGUAAUGACGUAAAAAAAAAAGAUUGAUAUAAUUGCAUAAAUGAAGGUGCAGCUGUGUCUAGUGGUUUAUGAAGUAGGAGAUUAAUAUUUACCCCCAAGAUGCACCUUGAGAUGGUCACGACCAUCUCCCAAAAUUUUGUGCGCAAUAUGACGAGAAUACAGACAAAUCUAAUCGAAUGUAAUCAGUAGGUGAUUGAAGGUGGACAAGGGGGGGAUGCCAUGCCCCCUUUGUUAACCUGCUCAAAAAAAUGCUCUGUGCUUUUUCUUGUAGCGGCGCUCUCACGUUGCUGCUUUUAAUAAUCACCACGGUCUCAUAUGAGACAUACUUUUCUCUUUUUAGAGCACGCCAUGUGAAAUAAUUAUUCCAACUCGCCUUGUCUCAACUCUCCCUGUGUGUGUACCUCACUCACUGACUCGCCUCGUGGGCCGCUUAACCAGUGUAGUAAAGGCUAGAAAAGCUGUGCGCUCCCAUUGGGCCAUCCCCCCUGUUAAAAAUGAACAUAUCACCUACUGAAUGUAAUCCAGUCAGGACAAACAAUUGUACAAGAUUAAAGAGGAAACUUUACUGCUUCCAGAUCAAAUCCUUCACUUUGACAACAGUCUUAAUGUGUGUGUGAAACACACUAACAAGCGCACAGACUCACUGACCUCACUGAUUUUUUACACUGUAAUAUUUCACAUUAUCUCUCUGCUCAGACAAACAGAUUUUUCCCUCCUGUCCUAUUUCAGUCUGCUUUCACCUCACAGCUCAUCUGUCACUCAGACUUUAAACCAAUCACAUGACGUACGUCCUCACUAGGCUGAUAUCCUCGAUGUUAUAAACACAUCAUCAAAAAAGAGGAUCUGGUGUUAUUGCAGUGGAUACACUCAGUAACAAGAGGAGACAUGCACACUCAUCACUCAGGCUGCUAUAGGGCCUAUAAAAACUUCCCACUUAUGGCAAUUGAAAGCUUAAUAUUACACUUUGUAGAAAAAAUACAUCCAUCCAUUAGCUCAUUAUUCAGAAGUAUAAAUAAAUUCACUGUCAGUUUCCGGUUCAGUGGUUCGUUGGUCGCUCCAUCAAUUUGGUCCAGACUGAAAUGUCUCAACAACUAUUAGAUGGAUUGCCCUGAAAUUUGGUGCAGGCAUUCAUGUUAUUAUCCCUUUACCUUUCUUCUAGCACCAUCAUCAGGCCAAAAUUUCAAUUUGUUCAAUACUUUGGUUUAUGACCAAGU